CCUUCAACCCGUGGUGGUGGAACAGUUUGUUUAUCUCUGAGGUGGGCUAAUCUGGGGGUCGUUGUGUUUUUUGAUGGAAGACUUAUCGGAGGGCGUGAAAGUUGCGAGGGAAAACCAUUACUGAGUGUGUCAGGCAAAUCCAGGAACCUGACAAGAAACUGAAAUGGAGAGAGACACUUGCUCUCCUCACCCAAGAGCUGGACUUGGUGAAAUCUCUCAGUUCCACAUUGUCAUCUUUUAAGAGUGAUGCAUCUGGGAUGGAACACUCUAAAAGAGAAAAUAAUAUGUCAGUGGACCCAAAUGUGUGGCCACCAUCAACUCCUACAGAGAGUAGUAAAAGGGACUCCCCGACAGGCAAACUCCCUAAAAUAAAGAAAGUCAACCUUCCAAGUCUGUCUAAGCAAUGUUACACCAAUGUCUAAGCAAGAAAAGUAUAGCAGGUCUGCUAUUCCUGGCUCUGGUAAAAAGCCUAAGACUGAAACAAGCAAGCGUAACACACUGCAACAAAGUGAAGGAUUUAAGAUUACGGCUGAGUGUGAAAAGCUGUUAACAUCUGCCUUUGAUCCAGCAGGAUAUGACAGGAAUAGUAUGAGGCCAUUGAGAGAGAGAUUAUUUGCAAGGAAAAAUCCGAACGUACGUGGGAUGACAUUGCAGGACUCAAUGAAGCAAAAAGCUGCUGAAGAAGCUGUGUUCUGCCCUUGUGGAUGCCAGACUAUUUUAAGGGCAUCAGAAGACUUGAAGGGUGUAUUGAUGUUGGACCUCCAGGCACUGGGAAAACCCUUUUAGCAAAGGCCGUUGCCACCGAAUGUGGCACCACAUUUUUAAUGUGUCUUCCUCUACACUUACCUCAAAAUAUCGCGGUGAAUCAGAAAAAUUGGUUAGGAUUCUCUUUGAAAAUGGUGAGGGUUUUUUGUGCCAUUUUAUGGUUGUCUUCUUUUGUUUAAAGUCGUGAGAGAGCAGGGUGAGUGUACCAUCCAGCGAGUGGCCUGAUGGUACACUCAUUCAGCUCAGAUUAGUUUAGAAAUACUAACCACUGAUGCAGCUUUAUAGCAAGAUACUUGUUUUUUUGUAAACUGUAUGGCGUAGCCUGGCCCAUCAAUUACAGUACUUUGUCUGUGUAUGUCUGUUUGCCUGUCAGUUUUCUGUGGCUAUUCUGGCACAAGGUGGCCUAUGAGCAAUGCCAACAGCUUCAGCCAGAAAGGUGAAUGGCACCAUUCCUGAAUGACUUCAUUAGAGAGAUAUUGCAUGAAAACAAAUGAAAAAAGCCUAUAAUAUACUUAAGACCAGGCUUAGCCCUUUCAGCGCACCAUGACGGUGUGAAGUUACUCAGGGAUCUGUAUCCACUCCACUGUUUCUCUAAAUGCUACCCACUGUUGAAGCUAAUGCAAGAAAUUUUCUGAGUUGACGGAUUAGACCACAUGGUGUUGCCCAGCCUAUCAUUUUUUGCAGCAAAUUAUUCCACACUUGCAGGCACUUUCCUUUGUGUGAGGGUUUGCACUUUAAUUGUUCACAUCAACAAUGGUCACAAUAAUAGUUGCGUCUAUCUUUAAUGUUCAGGCUCGACAUUACUCUCCAAGUACGAUAUUCAUUGAUGAGAUUGAUUGUUUAGGCAGUAGAAGAGGAAGUGAGAGUGAACACGAAUCCAGCCGUCGAGUGAAAUCUGAGUUACUGAUUCAGAUGGAUGGUGUGGAGCAGAGAGAGUGAGAGCUCAUCAAAACUAGUUAUAGUACUUGCUGCUACAAACCAUCCUUGGGAUAUCGAUAAGCACUUCGAAGACGGCUGGAGAGAGGAUAUAUAUUCCUUACCUGAUGGUAAAGGGCGUUUGGCACUCCUAAGAUCAUCUUAAGGAUGUACACGCAGUCAGGCAUGCUUGUGAUUGGAUGAAAUUGCUGAAAAGGACUGAGGGAUAUAGUGGUGCUGAUCUAACAAAUGUAUUGCAGCUUUUGUGGUGCAUUCAUCAGUUGCUGCUGGACAUUAUGAUGCUGCCCUUCCAUGCCACAAAUACACUCCAGAGACUUCUGAGAAAGCUCUUAAAUGCAGCUGUGGCAU